UGGUCAGACUGAAAGUCUGAAUCAUUAAAAAAAGAACUCUGGUGAAGGAUCUUUUUUAUUUUUAUGAAAAGAAAAAACUUCUUAAGGCUCAUUAAUUUUCUUCCCUUGUGGAUCUCUAUGGACCUUGGACUACAAAUCCACAGCAAAGCUUCUGUGAGAGGAUCCCACCUUUGUGUUUAAAUUGAAUUCCAUUGAUAAAGUGUAUAUAUCGUCUGUGAGGGUCGUCCUUGGCCUCUGAUAUGGGGUUUGAGAGGAAACUGCUGAUUCUGGGGUUUGUGUAUGCUGUGCAGACAUCUGUGUUUGGGUGUCAGUAUGGCUUCCAAAUGAUUGGCAACAAUUGUGAAGAUAUAGAUGAGUGUAAAGACUAUCCAGGAUUGUGUGGGAAUAACUCAAGGUGCUUAAACACCAACGGCAGCUACCACUGCAACUGUCUUCCCGGGUUUGUAAACUCAAAGAGGAAACUAAACUUCUCUGCUUCAGAGGGACAGUGUGUUGAUAUUAAUGAAUGCACAGACAGCCCUCCAAAAUGUACUCCUUAUGGUAAAUGCUCGAAUCUGCUUGGUAGCUAUGAAUGUUCCUGUAACUCUGGGUACAUUAACAACACAAGCCAAGGAGAUUGUACAGACAUAGAUGAAUGCAAGAUAAAUGCAGAUAUCUGUGGAGAGAAUGGCAGCUGUAAAAACCUCAAUGGGAGUUAUCAAUGCCUGUGUAAUGCAGGAUUCACCUCCUACGGCCAGGAAAGACCACGAUGCUCAGACAUAGAUGAAUGCAAGAUAAAUGGCAAUAUUUGUGGAGAGAAUGGCAGCUGUAAAAACCUCAAUGGGAGUUAUCAAUGCCUUUGUAAUGCAGGAUUCACCUCCUACGGCCAGGAAAGAACACGAUGCUCAGAGCUCAAGUGUGACCGCUUUAGUGCCGACAGCAAUCUUGUGAAGUCACUUGGAGGUCUGGCAGACAUAGUGGCCAUGAUGAGAAACAGCUGUUUGGAUUUGUCCAACAUGAGCUUUGGGAAGGCUGAUGGAGAUGCGCUUCUUGAGAAACUUCUGACUGCGACUGACUCAGUUCUGUCCUCUGGAGAUGUGGAAAGCGAAGACGGUGUGAGUGGACUGCUUAACACUAUGGAGAAGGCCAUUUUACUGAUUGGUCCUCAGCUCAAAGCCAACGACACAAAGAUGGAGACUAAAAAAACAGAAGUAAAAAUUGCAGUAAGAAGAGGACUUAACCGUCCAACUGGACCAGUCCGUUUAACUAGUGAACAUGUUCAUCUCAACACUGAUUGGACAACGGCAGCUGGCACAGGCCCAUACCCUGGAUUUGCCCUGGCCUCACUGCUGAGCUACAAGAACCUUGAAAGAUCUGUGAACAGAUCUUUUAAAGUCAUGAAAGACUUUGAAAAAGAUGCCAUUUCCUUCCAGAUUUUUUCCAAAGUUGUCUCUGUUGUGGUUUCCAACCCAUCAACUCAGAAUCUGAGCAGCCCUGUCAACAUAACAUUCAGACAUCUACAGGAUAUAAAACAGCCCCCUGAGGCAAGAUACAUCUGUGCAUACUGGAAUGAGAAGGGAGUGUGGUCCCCAGAUGGUUGCUCCCAGGAACUCUCCAAUGACUCAUACACUGUGUGUUCAUGCAAACAUCUAAGCAGCUUUGCUGUCCUAAUGGCCCUUUAUCCCAUGGAGCACACCUUUGAACUCCAGCUGCUGACCAAGAUCGGCCUGGGCAUCUCCCUUGUUUGUCUUCUACUGAGCAUCCUGACCUUCAAGUUCUGCCGAUCCAUUCAGGGAACACGAACCACCAUCCAUCUGCACCUCUGCAUCUGCCUCUUCAUGGCGGAUCUCAUCUUCUUGGUUGGGAUUUCUCGAACUAGUCCUAAGGGUGGCUGCAGUUUUGUUGCUGCAAUGCUUCAUUUUUUCUUCUUGGGCGUAAUGACCUGGAUGCUUCUAGAAGGAGUUCAGCUGUACAGAAUGGUUGUCCUGGUGUUUAAUGCCACCAUUCGGCCCCUCUAUCUGUACCUCAUUGGUUACGGGGUGCCUCUUGGAAUCGUUAUCAUAUCUGUCAUGAUCAGAUCAGGGGGCUACGGCACUGAAGAUCAUUGCUGGCUUUCUCUGCAGCAUGGUCUGAUCUGGAGCUUCUUUGGGCCUGUUUGCUUCAUCAUCAUCCUGAAUGUCUUUUUCUUCAUCAUCACCGUCUGGAAACUCGCCCAAAAGUUUGCCACGCUAAACCCAGACCUCUCCAAGCUGCACAAAAUCAGAGCUUUCACAGUCACUGCCGUUGCCCAAAUGUGCAUACUUGGACUCAUGUGGGUAUUUGGAGCCUUCUUGUUCAGCGAAGGCACAAUAGCGCUUGCAUAUAUUUUCACUAUCCUCAACAGCCUACAGGGUGCCCUGGUCUUCAUCAUGCAUUGCCUGCUGUCUAAACAGGUGAGAGAUGAGUAUGUUCAGCUUCUCUCCUGCGUCUGCACACCACAAAAGAAGAGGUACUCAGACUUCAGCAGCACCAAUCCGUCCAGCAGUCAAUCUCAAGGUUCCCGGAGUGGGCAGAUCACAGGAGAAUCCCAAAUAUGAAGAGCUACGCUGUUUUUCCUCAGCCUCAUGGACAGAAAAUAAGCCAUUCAGACUGACAUUGAAAUAGCCAAGAAAAAAAAUAAACUCCUCUCGUGCCUAUAUUUUAGGGUUUUUAAUUUAUUGAUCUUUCAACCUGCCAUUUCUGACCAUUGGGAUAGCAAAAAAAAAA